CAAUGAGCGACGAGCAUGAGGAGGAGCGGCUCGGAAUGAAGUCACUGCCUCCGCUGGAGAUCCAGGGCAGAGUACUGUAUCUGGAAACCUGAACGGGGAGUGUGUCAGACCUCAGACCCGGACCAAACCAGCUAGGAUCGUCGUUACCCGGUCGGUUUCUCUACCACAACGAGCUCUAAAAACAACAAGGCUUUAUUUCUCUGCAGGAUCAGGAGAAGAUUUGCAUUAUUGUGAGAUCAAUCCGCAUCCUCUUUUAUUCUCUCCGGCGACACCCUUGUGAAAAUGGGGUAAUUGUGUUCUUUCAUUAUCCAAUUACAACUUACCUGCAACAAGCCCAGGACAGCACUCGUCCUGAUGUCGGAAGAUUCAGACUCCAAGCCCUAUCGCUUCUCGGUGCUGAAGGACCAGGAUGGAGCCUCAUGCGGCUCCAUGCCAAGGGGGGCCUCAGGGUGCAGCUCCAUGGCACAAUUGCACCGGAUGGGUGGCUACGGCCAAGGCGGGACCGACUUAGGCUUCACCUCAGAGGGCAGCGACAGCAGCGGUCAGGACCCUCCCGCCUCGCCGCACAAGCAUCGCAAGAAUGCCCGCGCCAGAUCGCUCCCCGAGGAGGACGUGGAGAUGAAGAGCAGCGGGUCCAGUGGGAGUGGAACCGAAUCACACGGAAAUGAAAGCCACGGCAACGAGAGUCAUGGCAGCGAGAGCCACGGCCACGGGUCAAUGGGCAGCUCCAACGGCACCAGUAAAGACUCGGCACUGCUGGAAUCUUCUGAAAGCAACAAGAGCUCGAACUCUCACAGUCCGUCUCCUCCCAGCAGCUCAAACGCCUUCAGUCUGCUGAGCUCAGAGCAAGACAACCCUUCAACCAGCGGCUGCAGUUCACAGGAGUCGGCCAAAGCCAAGACCCAGAAGGAGCUGCUUAAAACACUGAAAGAGCUGAAGCUUCUCCUGCCCGCUGAGAAGAGACACAAUAGCAAGGCCUCCACGUUGAACACCCUCAAGUACGCACUCCGCUGCGUCAAACAAGUGGAAGCCAAUGAGGAGUAUUACCAGCUGCUGAUGACCAAUGACAGUCAACCUUCAGGCCUGGAUGUAUCCUCUUAUACGAUAGAGGAGAUAGACAGCAUUACUUCUGAAUACACCCUCAAAAACAACGACAUUUUUGCAGUGGCGGUGUCUCUCAUCACAGGAAGGAUAGUCUAUAUUUCUGAUCAGGCUGCCUCCAUCCUCAACUGCAAAAGAGAAGUGUUCAAGAACAGAAAGUUUGUGGAGUUCCUGACGCCGCAGGAUGUCAGUGUGUUCUACAGCUUCACGACACCGUACCGCCUGCCCUCCUGGAGCAUGUGCACUGGAGCAGAGUCCUCGCCGCCUGACUGCAUGCAGGAGAAGUCCUUCUUCUGUCGUAUCAGCAGUGGUAAGGAGUGUGAGGGCAAUCUGCAGUACUAUCCAUUCCGCAUGACGCCCUACCGGAUGAAGGUCCAAGACACAGUACAUGCUGACGACCAGUUCUGCUGCCUCCUGCUGGCUGAGAGAGUUCACUCUGGUUAUGAUGCACCCAGAAAUCCAACAGACAAACGCAUCUUCACCACCACGCACACUCCCAGCUGUGUGUUUCAGGAUGUGGAUGAGAGAGCGGUUCCUCUCCUCGGGUACCUCCCCCAGGACCUGAUUGGCACAUCAAUCCUCCUCCACCUUCAUCCCAAUGACCGACCGAUUAUGUUGGCUAUUCACAAAAAGAUUCUUCAAUUCGCAGGACAACCAUUUGACCACUCGUCCAUCCGGUUCCGUGUGCGAAACGGAGAAUACAUCAUUCUUGACACCAGCUGGUCCAGCUUCGUCAACCCCUGGAGCCGCAAAGUCUCCUUCGUUAUCGGAAGACAUAAAGUGCGCAUGGGCCCCGUGAAUGAAGACGUUUUUGUGGCCCCGGUCUCAACCGUCCGUGAGAUGAAAACCAUGGACUCUGACAUCCAGGAGAUUACUGAGCAGAUCCAUCGGCUCCUGCUGCAGCCGGUCCAUAACAGCAGCUCCAGUGGCUACAGCAGUCUGAACAGAAAUGACCACCUUGUGGGCAUGAGCUCGUCUAGCGAGAGCCUCAACGACAGCGGGAGCAAGACCCGACAAGAGGAGGAGGAGGAAGUGAACGGCAAAGCCAGACCGCGAACUUUUCAGGAAAUCUGUAAAGGAAUACAUCUUCAGAAGAGCCAGGAGCAGCAGACAACCAAACCAGACAUCAAGAAAAGCAAUGGCAAGUCCGUACAGAAGAGCUCAGCGGUGGUGCGGCCCAAAGACUCAGCCGCUCCCCUCCACUUGAAGGAGACCGGUGCCACUAUGGAGGAGAGUCGGUCCUCUUCCCAGGAGGAGACAGCCUUAAAUGAUCAGACCGUCUACUCCUACCAGCAGAUCAGCUGUCUGGACAGUGUUGUCAGGUACUUGGAGAGCUGUAAUGUUCCCAUCCCAAUGAAGAGGAAGUGCCAGUCUUCCUCUAACACCACGUCCUCUAACUCCGAUGAGGACAAACCGAAGGGACCUAACAGCAUGCAGGUGUCUGAAGAACCAGCCUUGUUGAGGAAUCAGUCUGCUCUCUCCGCUUUGGAUGCUCGAGACAAAAAGUCCAGUGACGCGACCACAGCGGUAGUGGGCACCUCGCUGCCCUUACCUGUACCUAACAAACCAGAAAGUGUGGCGUCCAUAAGCAGCCAGUGUAGCUACAGUAGCAUCAUAGUGCAUGUUGGGGACAAGAAACCUCAACCACAGUCAGAGAUCAAAGAGGAUGUCCAAGGAACAGGACAGACGGUGAAAUCCAGCCAGAGCCUCUGGCCUCGGGCUCCUCUUUCUGUUGUUUCACCUCACAGUCAGCAGAGGGAGUCCUAUAAAAAACUGGGGUUGACCAAGCAGGUUUUGGCCGCCCAUACGCAGAAGGAGGAGCAGACCUUUCUGUAUCACUUCAGGGAACAUCGAGGACUCGCGGAGCUCAAAGAAAACUGCUCUCAGUACCUGGAGUGCCCGAGAGAGCAGAUCGCCAACGAUGCUGUACCUGCUGCUCGACUCUCCAAGCGGGGUGGACCGUGUGCAGAGCCCGCGGCGCGGCAAGGCACACGGAAUAAGAAGACCAAGUCAAAGCGAGCGAAGAAGAUGGAGUCGUCGGACAGCACAGUGUCCCAUCACAGACUACAUCUGCGGCCUCCUCUCCUAACCCACGGCCUUAACCCGACCUCUUGGUCACGCUCUGACACCUCACAGUCAGCAUUUCCCAUGGCUUACCCCUCCGUGAUGCCAGGCUACCCCCUCCAGGUUUACCCCGGAGCCAGCUCCAUGGAUCCCCGUACAGACGCCACUCUACAAGGCUUUGGAGACAAUCAGGGCACUCAGGCCCCUGCCUGUCCCCCACCUAUCCAUGCUGCUCCCUACACCAUCCCCAUGGUCACCCCCAUGGUCACCCCCAUGGUCACCCCAAUGGUCACCCCCAUGAUCACCCCCAUGGUCACCCCCAUUGUGGCUCUAAUGCUGCCCAUGCCCUACCCUCCAAUGGCCCCCGGACUGCCACCUCCACAGCAAAUGUACCACGCAGCCACUGGUGGCUUCCCCACCCAACUACAGCCUUUUGGUCAGGCUGCCUUUCCAGACCAGGGCUCCUUCACAGCUCCACCUUCCUUCAGUGUCCAGAACCAGUUCAACACAGAAAACCACUUAGCUGUUCAAGCGGGCUACCAGACCCCGUCGUUCUACUUCCCUCCAUCCUCGGAAACCUCAAAGGCGCCCGUGGUGGAGGGUCAGUCUCGCUCCUCUACGCCGCAGUCUGGAGGAGGUGGAGGCCCGGGGUCCCCACCCCUGUUCCAGUCUCGCUGCAGCUCACCCCUCAACCUGCUGGAGCUGGAGCUGUCUGUGGACCGGCAGGACAGCACCGUGCUCUCCUCUGGAGGACAAGGGAAUAACACUGUUGAAAGGGAGAAAGGAGCAAGUGACAGCCAGGCCAAGGAGAGGGAGCUGAAUCAGCCGUCUCUCAGUCUCCUUGGUGCACCUGGACCGUUGUAUUGCGAGGGCUCGCCCAGUGUCUGUGAGCGUUUGUCUUGGGAUAAAGUGUGCUCUAGGCUGAGGGCUUGCAGCAAAGAGGCGAGUUCACGUGGCGACGGGAACACCAGCGACGCAAACUCUUUGUCCAGCGACAUGCUGGACAUUAUUCUCCACGAGGACUCCUGCUCAGGCACCGGCUCAGCCACCUCGGGGUCCAUUGGCUCAGGGUCCAACGGCUGUGUAACUUCAGCCAGCGGUACUUCCAACAGCGAGACGUCCAACAGUGGGACGUCUAAAAGCAGGAUAUCAGCCAGCGGGACUUCCGGCAGUGGAACAGGAAGCAACAACAGUAGCAAUUACUUUGGUAGCGUGGACUCGUCUCAGAACAGCCAGAAGGUCAAAGGUCACUUGAGCGGCAGUGAGGCAAGGCCCGUGGAGAUGGACCAGAGCGAACACUUCAUCAAUGACAUCCAGAGAGUGCUCAGAGAGGACCGAGAGAAGCUGAGGCUGCUGCAGAAGAACCAGCCGUGCUUUUCAGAGGAGCAGAAGAAGGAGCUGAUGCAGGUCCACCCCUGGAUUAAGAGGGGAGGUCUGCCCAGGGCGAUAGACAUCAAGGCGUGCUCCUGCUGUGACGGCGCCUCAGAGGAAGCAGCGGCGGCAGCAGCAGCGGGCAGAGAUCAGCCAGACCUGGACAUCAGUGAAACAGAGACACGCUGCCUGCGGAGGCCCAGGGAGGAGCCCUCAAAUGCUCUCUCAGACACAACCAGCUAGACAAUAAACUCCUCCUGACUUUCAUGGCGACAUUCAUCAGCACCACUGUGAAGAGGGACCUACUUUACAUGAAGCAUCUUAACAGACCUUUGCUCUUCCUACAACAUUCUUCAUCACCGUCUCUGUCUUACUCUUUAGAUGUCCGACAAAAACUGUCUCAAACAGUCGAGACUUUUGUAGAAAGUGAACAUACGAGUGCUGGACUCUGUGACUAUGUCACGAUCUGCUUCUGUGUAGCACUUAACAAAGCAGCAUAUGCACUGAUCAGGAGAUGCCAAGCCCAAUGACAAGUGAAACACAAUAUGUGCUAAUAGUAGAGGUCAAACACACACCAACCAUCUGGAGGCUGCUCCAUACACAUGGCAGGAAGUGGCUCUGCGGUGUUCUAACUGCUGCGGUAAAUGAAUGAAUUCAGCCUUUUGUGACGUGAGUUUCUCAGUUACAACAACAUUGUGCUACUGUACGUCAGCAUGUGGUGAGAACAGGUGGAGUUGAGUUUCAGUCAUCAUAGCCAUCAAACACCAAAUGAACGCACAAGUGCACUUUGUGGGCUGCACUGGAAGAAGGAGAAAAACACGAGUGAGACUCCUGUACGUCUGCUGUAUUUUCCCAAAGGACUUGCUGGUUGUUGCAUUUAGUGACUGAUAGGAAAUUAAAGUGCAAAAUACAAAGUUGCGCCUGUAUACAGCAGCGAGCAGGCAUGGAUGGGUGACGCAUUUCACCACCUCCAUCCACACUGGAAAACAUGUACCAGAUUCUUCACUUAAGUAAAAGUAGUGAAAAACAAAUACGAUGCAUUGCAAAAAAAGUACAAUAUUUCCCUCUGAAAUGAAGCAAAGUAGAAGAAUAAAGUAGUAUAAAAUACUAUUUGUUACUGAUCUGCAGGCAUGAUGGAGGUGGUGAAAGCAAUUGCCCUGAGAAAAGGUCAAUCAGGGUGAAACACAUACUGUAAAGCUACUCACCAACCCAUCACGAUAUAUUGUUUCUGAGAAAUGUAUCAUUAGAAAUUUGCAUUUUCCCAGCCGCCUGCGUCACAUGUUACCUAAUGAAACUUUAAGUUUUCAUUCUUUAUGCAUAUUUCCACUCAGCAUUUAUUUCAGUAUCAGCUGUGAAACUUGCCUCUCAUGUAAAGACUCGUGUGAAUGUCUGUAACAGUCUUUGACUCUGAACAUACUGUAUAUAUAUAUAUAUAUAUAUAUUUUUACAUGCACUAAUUGUUUCUGUAAGUUAUUUAUGGAAUACUGACUGUAAAUACUAUUUUUUUUAAAUGCGAACAUUAGGACAAAUCCCACCAUGGACUGUAAAAUACUAGAGUUGUUUAUGGUGGGUGAUAAACAUAAAGUGAAGAGAAUAUUGAUGUUUUCCCCAUGCAGUUUUAAAAGUGUGCCACAUGACACUUGAAAUGGUCUGAUGUUGCCCCUCAUAAAUAUGGAAAAGAGCCUCCUGAGCAUCCUGUGGAAGUGUCUGAAGCUCAUUACCGUUUUGUGUGGUCACCUCAGAAGUGGAAGUUUAGGGUUAUUGCACGGAUAUAAAGCAGCUCAGACAGAUGUCAAGUGACUGUGUGGAGGGCUUUUCCUUCACUUUGAAGCUCUCACUGGCAACUUUUCCUUACUUUGUCAUUCUGUCAUUUGAACAGACAACUGACAACAACAAAUGCACAUUUUUUAUUUUUGAUGAUGAAUGUUCUUGUUAUGUUUGUUAAAUUUUCUCUAAAUAAAAUGUUGCCGAAUUGAGGCUACAGUGAC